UCCGCCCAACCAUAUAUACACCAUCCCGUUCCCUAUCAAAAGCUUCAUUCCAUUUUGCUUCACUUUUCUUGAAUUUUAGAAACAGAGAGAAUAGAGAAGAUGUUGGCGAUAUUCCACAAGGCGUUCGCUCACCCGCCGCAGGAGCUCAACAGCCCCGGCAGCGGCCGGCGUGCCCCCAAGAACCCGGAGGAAAUCCUCCGGGAGUUCCACAGCCUCCACCCUGAGGACUCCUUCUCCGCCACCUUCAGCGGCGGCGCCGCCCUCUCCUGCGUCCCCUCCCACUCCAACCACUCUCCCCACCAAAGGUUGUUCUGUAGCUUCGACGACAUCUACUGUAUGUUCGUGGGGGGGCUCGAUAACUUGUGCUCUUUGAUCAGGCAGUACGGCCUGUCCAAGAACACCAACGAGGCGCUGCUGGUGAUCGAGGCCUACCGGACGCUGCGCGACCGUGGGCCGUACCCGGCGGACCAGGUCCUCAAGGACCUCGCCGGCUCCUUCGCCUUCGUGGUCUACGAUAGCAAGGCCGGCACCGUCUUCGCGGCUCUGAGCGCGGAUGGAAAGAUCCCGCUAUUCUGGGGCAUAGCGGCGGAUGGAUCGGUCGUGAUCUGUGAUGAUGUCGGAAUCAUCAAAGGCGGCUGCGGCAAAUCAUACGCUCCUUUCCCUACCGGGUGCAUGUUUCAUAGCGAGGGAGGUCUGAAGAGCUUCGAGCAUCCGAUGAACAAGUUGAGGCCAAUGCCGAGGGUGGACAGCGAGGGGGUGAUGUGCGGUGCCAACUUCAAGGUCGACACCUAUUCCAGGAUUAACAGCAUGCCGCGGGUCGGCAGCGCCACCAACUGGACUUUCUGGGACGAGUCCAUGCUCUAGCUUCCUGCUCCUGCUGCCAGCAACAAGAGACGACCAAUCCCAUCUUGCUCUGCUUCUUCUGCUGCUGCUGCUGCUGAUUUAGUUUACGUUUGGUCUUCUUCUUCUUCUUCUUAUUCUUCUUCUUCUGCUUCUGCUUCUUUGUUUUAAUGGGUUUCGAGUUCCCUUUGCAGUGUACCAUGGUGGUGGUUUAAGUGUCUGGCUGUAUAUCUAGUGUCUAUCUUUUAUAUACAUAUAUACAACAAAAAACUGAUCUACCUCAGCCUUUUUUGGUAGUGUUUAAUAUAUCAUUGCGUCGAUGCACAAGGUGGCACGUC